GAUAGUUCCUCCGCCCACCCCAUGGCUUUUCUGCUUCCGAUCUCUACUUUCUGAUAGAACAGAGCAGCUAAAGGGCAACCUUCCAUCUGAUGGCUUCUCUUCUUCAGAUGUCUUCCCAUUUCUUAUUAGUGUUCCUUUCUUUUUCUCGCGCGUGCUCUUCUCGCAAAUGGGAUUUAGAGCGCGGCGAGGCUAAAAUUGAUCCUCUCCUAUCAUCAAAGGAUGCAGCAUUGUCCUCUGGAUUUGACCCCUCAAAAUCUAUCCAGUUAUCGUGGAAUCCAAGCUUUGGAUUCUUAACCCAAGCAUUCUUUGACACUCGUCGUCUGUUCCUUAAGCUAGGGUAUUUUUAUAUGAAGGAUUCAUCUCUAAUGAAGAAUGUGAUCAUCUAUUAUCUCUGUACAGGAGAUGGUAGCAGUACUUUUUUUGUCAGUUCUCACAGUGGAUUGGAGCACAGCAAAGGACAGGAUGAAAUUAUUUUGAGAAUUGAGGAGAGAAUAUCAGCAUGGACCUUUCUUCCAAAUGAGAAUGGAGAAGACAUGCAAAUUUUCCAUUAUCGAGUUAAUGAGGGCUCUGAAACACUCUAUCAGUACAAUCAGGGUAAAAUCGAAAAUGGGAAAGCUGGGCCCCAAAUCGCCGCCGUUUUGAUUUUCCUUUCCAACGUGUCUCUUGGUGGUGAGAUAGUCUUUCCAAAGUUUAAGAAUAGAGAUUAUAACACAAAAAAUGGGAAAGAGAUGUUGUCUGAGUGUGCUUCAUCAGGUUUCUCAGUGAAACAUGUUAGAAGUAAUGCCCUUCUGAUUUUCAACCUUCAUCCUAAUGCGACAGUAGAUGAGAGCAGUCUUCAUGGCGGUUGUUCGGUGCGCGAGGGAGAGAAGUGGUCUGCAAUUAAACGGAUUCAUGUACGCGCAUUCGAUCGAAAUGAGCUUGAUCGAAAGAAGCAUUCAUUGGAUUCUAAGGAGGAAUGUACUGAUGAAGAUCAGAACUGCUCGCAAUGGGCGGCUAUGGGAGAGUGCCAGAAGAACUCAGUCUAUAUGUUGGGCACUUCUGACUACUAUGGUUCUUGCAGGAAGAGUUGUGGUGUGUGCUGAUAGCUCUUAGUUUUUCUCUUAAAACAAUGAUUUGGGAGUUUAGUUUCUUUCACCUUUUAGUUUCACACCUCAUAAGAAAGAGAUCUAUAUAUAUAUUUGUGUGUUUGUGUGUGUGAUGCCACCCAUGACCUGUUGGUAGAGCAAUCUCUUUGAAGGUUGUAAAUUCCCUCAGGUCACGGGUUUGAAUCCCCCUCUAGCCAAUUUGCCAGUAGUGAGGGCGGUCCUCGAAUAGUUAGGCACGUGAGGGUGGUUGGGGGCUCGUAUAAUAGCCUUCGACCAUUCUUGUCAUAUAUAUAUAAAUAAAUGUAUGUAUGUUCUUUACAAAAAUAUGGGUGUGUGGAAGUUAUGUUUAUCGAAUAAAUGUUUAUUCUUU